AUGGGUGAUUUUUGCAGUUAUCAGCUGGAAGGAUUGGAAAAAGCACUUAAACAGAACACGAUAGCGUUUUUGGAGACUGGCUCUGGCAAGACUCUGAUCGCCAUCAUGCUUCUCCGGAGCUUUGCUCAUCAGCUACGCAAACCUUCAUCUUCCAUUGCCGUUUUCUUGGUUCCACAAGUUGUUUUGGUCUCUCAACAAGCUGAAGCUGUGAAGAUGCACACUGACUUGAGUGUUGGUAUAUAUUAUGGAGACUUGGGGGUAGACUUUUGGAAUGCUGCAAUGUGGAAGAGAGAAAUAGAAAAACAUGAGGUGCUUGUGAUGACACCUGCAAUUUUGUUAAGUUGCUUGAGGCAUAGUUUCUUUCAGUUAAGCAUGAUAAAGGUCUUAAUAGUAGAUGAAUGCCAUCAUGCAAGAGGCAGACACCCUUAUGCUUGUAUUAUGACGGAGUUCUAUCACCAACAGUUAUCUCUUGGUCAAUCUAAUCUUCCGAGAAUUUUUGGAAUGACUGCUUCUCCAAUAAAGUCAAAAGGUAUUUCAAGUUCAUCACUAUCUUAUUGGUCAGUAAUUUGACCAUCUCUUUUUACUUUGAAGGUGUAUACUUAUUCUAGUGAAUCUGAGCUGGCUAAGUUCGUACCUAUUUCAACUCCCAAGUUCAAAUUUUACAUGCACGAGGACAUCCCAUAUACAUUAUAUGAGAAAUUAGCGGAGGAGUUGAAGAUUUUGAAAUUAAAGCAUGAAAACUUUAUGGAGACGUCAGAUCUCAAUCCUUCCAAGGUAGAACCGACUAGAAAACGGAUAUCAAAAGCUUUCCUUGCUUUAAUGUAUUGCUUAGAUGAACUUGGUCUUUGGUUAGCCUGGAAGGCUGCUGAGUCUUUAUCGUGGAUGGAAGAUGAUUUUUCUCCAUGGGAAAAGUUGGAUAUAUUUGGUGAGGCAAUUGUGAAAAAUUUCUGUUUCGAUGCUUUAAAGCUACUUGCUAAUACUUUACAAUCAGGAUGUUCAUGUGAGUCUAUUGGUGAUGAUCUUGAGGCUGAUAUGGCCGCAGGUCUAAUAACUGCAAAAGUUGUUUGUCUUGUUGAAUCGUUACUUGAAUACAGGUCUGUUGAGGAUAUAAGAUGCAUAGUAUUUGUGGAAAGGAUUGUCACUGCUGUGGCCCUUCAAACUCUAUUGAGCGUGUUGCUAUCAAAACACACUAGUUGGAAGACCAAAUAUAUAGCUGGGACAAACUCAGGUUUGCAAACCCAAACAAAGAAGAAACAAAAUGAAAUUGUGGGAGAAUUUCGUCGUGGCAAGGUCAACAUCAUUGUUGCAACCUCAAUUCUAGAAGAGGGCUUGGACGUUCAAAGUUGCAAUUUGGUUAUAAGAUUUGACCCAUCAUCCACAGUAUGUAGUUUCAUACAAUCUAGAGGCCGUGCGAGGAUGCAGAAUUCAGAGUAUAUCUUGAUGGUAAAGAGGGGGGAUUAUGCCACUCUCGCUCGACUUCAAAGAUAUCUUUCUAGUGGGGAAAUUAUGAGAAAUGAAUCUUUAUGCCAUGCUUCUCUUCCCUGCUUACCUUUUAGAAGUGAUUAUGACGAGGAAUCCUAUUGUGUUGAAAGCACGGGUGCAAUUGUGACUCUAAGUUCCAGUGUUUGCUUGAUAUACUUUUAUUGUUCUCGCCUUCCUUCUGAUUGUUAUUUCAAGCCAACACCAAGAUGGGAUGAGGAGACUUGCACCUUGCAUCUUCCUAAGAGCUCUCCUUUACAGACCUUUACCAGUAAAGAUGAUGCUAAAUAUCCCAAGCAAAGUGCCUGUUUAGAAGCUUGCAAACAACUUCAUAAGUAUGGUGCUUUGACAGAUAAUCUUGUCCCAGAUAUGGUUGCUGAAGAAGCUGUGGCUCAACGAAAUGGCAAUAGAUCAAUUGUCGUUGAUAAACAACCAGUUUAUGUUCCACCAGAAUUUGUGCAUUGUUGUCCCGAUAAGUCUAGUGUAAUGUACCAUUGCUACCUGAUUGAAUUAAAGCAGAACUUCAAAUAUGAUACGUCAGUACAUAACAUUGUGCUAGCCAUGAGAACUGAGCUUGAAUCUGAAAUCCAAAGCAUGUGUUAUGACUUGGACACUGACCGAGGAAGCUUUGACGUGAACUUCAAAUAUGUUGGCAUUAUUAAGCUUAGCCCCGACCAGGUUCUUUUAUGUAGAAAGUUCCAAGUUACAAUAUUCAGAGUUUUGUUAAACCAUAAUUGGAGCAAGUUGAAUGAAGAUGCCGAGAUUUUGUUGGGAGAUGGCCCUAAGGUUGAUUAUCUUCUGCUCCCUUCAACUGGUGUUGAACUGAUUAGCUGGGACACUGUCCUGUCUGUACUGGCUUCAUCUAGAGAAUAUUGUGUACAUCGUGGUAUUCCAUCAUCCGAGGGCCUUAGUUGUGAUGUACAGACCAAAAAUGGACUUGUUUGCCUUUGUAGACUCGUGAAUUCUUUGGUGUAUACUCCUCACAAUGGUAAUGUAUAUUGCAUAACCAAUGUUUUGAGUGAACUGGAUGGAACUUCAUUACUCAAGAUUCGAAAAAAUGAAAUGAUGCCUUACAAGGAGUAUUAUAAAGUGCGUCACGGGAUUGACUUGCAUUUUGAGAAACAAUCAUUACUUCAGGGGAGAAAAGUCUUUUCGGUGCACAACUACAUUAAUAGAUCUAGGCGACAAAAGGGGAGAGAAUCGAGUAAUGCAUUAGUUGAACUGCCUCCUGAGCUUUGCUCUGUAAUAAUGUCUCCCAUAUCCAUCAACACUUUUUAUUCAUAUUCUUUUCUUCCUUCAAUUAUGCAUCGAGUUGAAUCGAUGCUAAUUGCAAGCAACUUGAAAAAGUUGAAUACGGAUCAUUGCAUGCAAAAUGGUAUUCCAACCAUGAAGGUAUUGGAAGCAAUAACAACAAAAAGUUGCCACGAGAAAUUUCACCUGGAAUCUCUCGAGACUCUUGGCGAUUCAUUUCUUAAAUAUGCUACUGGUCAACAUCUUUUUAAAUCUUUUCAGAAUGAACAUGAGGGCCUUCUUAGUUUAAAGAAGGAUAGAAUAGUUUCUAAUGCUGCUCUCUGUAGGCUUGGAUGCGAACACAAAAUUUCGGGCUUUAUGCGGGAUGAGGCUUUUGAUCCUCAAAAGUGGGUUAUUCCUGGUGAUACACAUGGAGUUGACCAAUUAAGAGAAGAAAUGCUUUCUAGUGAGAGAAAAAUUUAUGUUAUAAGAAAAAGAAAGGUAAAAGGUAAGAGGAUAGCUGAUGUUGUGGAGGCUCUAAUUGGCGCAUAUCUGAGCUCUGGUGGGGAAAUGGCUGCCAUACAAUUUCUAAAUUGGAUUGGUAUAGAAGUUAAUUUUGAUACUGUACCUUAUGAGAGGCCUUUUAGAGUUGAUGCAUAUAAACUCAUCAAUGUCAGACAUUUAGAGUCCCUACUGAGAUACACAUUCAACGACCCCUCAUUGUUGUUAGAAGCACUGACUCAUGGUUCAUACAUGCUUCCUGAGAUUCCAAGAUGCUAUCAGCGCUUAGAGUUUCUUGGAGAUUCUGUGUUAGAUUAUGUCAUCACUGUGCAUUUGUACUACAAACAUCCUGGGAUGUCACCAGGAAUGUUGACUGACAUGAGGUCUGCAGCAGUGAGUAAUGAUUGCUACGCGCGAAUUGCAGUAAAGGCCGAGUUGCACAAAAGUAUCCUACAUUUGUCUCAUGAACUCCACAGACAUAUUAAUCGGACUCUUAAAGAUUUUGAGCUGUUGUCUUCAGAAGUGACGUUUGGAUGGGAGUCUGAGACUUCUUUUCCUAAGGUUCUUGGAGACGUUAUCGAGUCUUUAGCUGGAGCAAUAUACGUUGACUCUGGAUACAACAAAGACAAGGUGUUUGAGAGUCUAAGACCACUGUUAGAGCCAUUAGUGACGCCUGAAACCGUGACAUUGCACCCAAGAAGAGAGUUGAAUGAGUUGUGCCAAAAGGAGAAGUAUACUUUGAAAAAAACCGUUAACUCUCGUAUCAAUGGCAGAUCACACGUUACAGUGGAGGUCGAAGCUGAUGGUCGGAUAUUCAAACAUACGGUAGUUUCUUCGGACAAGGAGACUGGAAAGAAGGUUGCUUCCAAAGAAGUUCUCAAGUCUCUGAAGGAGUCCAUGGUACAUAUUUAACUCCCAAUGCUGUUGUUUAUUGGCCUCUUAUAUUUGGUAAAAGGAAGGAAAAUAUUUGGUCAUCAACAUUGAUGUUUCCUCCUAUAAUAGAGUUUAUGUUUUUUCCUUGUAUUUCAAUAUUGUAAGAACUAUGUAAAAAAAAAAAAAAUAUUUGAAAAAUGCAAGUGUAAAGUUUGUUCACAGGUGAAAUGUGUAAUACAUUUGGAGUUAAUAUUUUAUAUUACUUUUAAAUUUGGAUA